CACCUCGAGACGGCAACGGCGGCGGCAAGCGCGCCCUGCGCUCCAGGCCCCGCUGCUCGCUCGGUCGCGCGGACUGUCUGACGGGGAUAAUGCGGAGAGGCCCGGCGCGCAGCCAUGGACCUGGACGAGGCCUUUGGGUUGGUGGGGGAGUUCGGCGCCAGGCAAAAGAGACUCACCGCGUUGCUGGUGCUGCUGCAGGUGUUUGUGGCAUUUCAAUCAAUGCUUAUUGUGCUAGUGGGAGCAGUGCCAGAAUAUAAUCUGGAUGAAGAGUGGACUCCAGCUAAUACGGAAGCCCUUGCAAAACAUGUCAGGUUUGUCAGUAACUUCACGUCCAUAGCAACAGAGUGGUAUUUAAUCAAACAUGAAGCAUAUAAGGUGAGCCUGGCAUCAUCCUUGUAUUUUGCUGGCUUGCUUAUUGGAAAUAUGAUGUUUGGCCCAUUGUCAGAUAAACUGGGUAGGAAGCCUGUGUAUCUAACAGGUCUUUUCUUUGAUGUCAUUUUUGGGUAUGUCUCGGCAUUUGCUCCAAACUAUGAAGUUUUUGCAAUGUCACGCUUUUUUGUUGGAAUUACAAAUGGUGGUAUGUCUUUAGUGGCUUUUGUUUUGACACAAGAAUAUGUAGGAAAAUCCUUUUGGGCACUGACAGGCUCAUUAACAAAUUUGACAUUUGCAGUUGGCAUAGCAAUUUAUGCCUUAUUGGGUUAUUAUAUAAGGGAGUGGCGUUUACUUGCCUUUGUAUCAAAUUCUCCAGGACUUUUCUUUUUUCUUCUCUCUUUUAUGCUUCCAGAAUCACCAAGGUGGUUAUAUUCCCAAGGCAGAGCUGCAGAAGCGGAGAAUGUGCUACAGUACAUAGCUCUUGGAAAUGGGAAGGAAAGACUGAUUGUGAAACUGAAACAGUGCAAAGGAACAGUUAAAAAGGAUGACUCAGCGCCUGGUGUCUUAAACCUCAUUAGUCACCCAGGCCUUUGGUGGCGCACUGUCAUCUUGAUGUAUAUCUGGUAUGUGUGCAGUCUUGUAUAUUACGGCUUAACUCUGAAUGCUGGUGAAUUAGGAGGGAAUCUGUAUCUCAAUGUCGCUCUUUCUGGCCUUGUAGAAGUUCCAGCAUUUCCACUUUGUAUGUUCUUCAUUGAGAAAUCUUGGUCAGGAAGACGUAGAAGUACCACUGCUUUUUUGAUAUUUGCAGGCCUUUCCUGUAUAUUUACCAUGUGUUUACCAGCAAAUAGUGGUGGAUUUUUCUUCAGUCCCCGCAUCUUAGCUUUGUAUGGGAAGUUGACUGUAAGUGCUGCCUUCAACAUCAUAUAUAUUUACACAUCAGAACUCUACCCAACAGUAGUGAGAUGUUUAAAACCUGCUUCUUUUUACAACAGAAAUGCUGGCUUAGGUGUAUGUUCGAUGACAUGUAGAUUUGGUGGCAUUUUGGCUCCAUUUAUUCCUUCUUUGAAAUCUCUGGGUCCAUCUGUACCAUUUGUGGUAUUUGGAAUAAGUGGAUUAUCAGCUGGUUUCUUGACCCUUCUUCUUCCAGAAACCUUAAACAAACCUAUUGCAGAGACAAUGGAAGACUUGCAGAUGGCUGCCUAUCAGACGCUUAAAAACAAAAAGGCAGAGUGAAUCAGCUAGAAGAAAACAGUUAACAUUGCAAAAACUGUAUCUCAGUUGAAAAUGACAACAGGACUUCCGUUGUUGAGAUGUGGCUAUGGAACAGUCAACUAUUUGGGAUAUCCAGUAUGCUUAAUGAUUUAUGUGAACAUAAAUUCUGAAUUUGGGGGUGGAGGACCUGUAAAAGUUCAUAAGGACAAAUACAUACCUUAAACUCUGCCAUACUCUGAAUGUUUUAGUUUGUUGAGAAUUACCUGGUUAUCUUGAUUUUUUGGUAAUUAAUUGUCCUAUAUUGCUUAGUUCAGGGCUGGCCUGCCAGAUGUUUUGGCCUACAACUCCCAACAGCUAUUUCAUGGGGGAUGAUGAGAGCUGUAAGCAAAAACAGCUGGAGAGCCGCAAGCUGCCCAUCCUGGCUUAGAAGAUAAAUUUUACCAUAGGAAUUUUGAGCAUGAUCCUAAACUGGGGGGCAUGAAGAAAGUACCACGGUUAAUUGGUGCAUCUGUGUUUAGGUUCGUAUAAAUGGGUUCAGGAUAUCACUUGGAACUAAUAGCACACUUGCUUCUUAAAAGUACCUUCAGAUGGAAGACUAUGAACCAGCCUGGAAUAUUGAGGCACGUGUGAGUUCUUAGUUUUUAUGAACUCUACACAAUGCUAAUAUAUUUAUUAUAAUGAUUUAUGAUUCAUAUUCCAGAAUAUUUAUAAUGACCAAAGAUGCCUUUUCAUACUGUUUCUAACUGCUGCUGUCAUUUUGUUCUCUGAAGUAUGAAUGUCCAGCUUUUAUUGGAAACAGGAAUCACUGCCUUUCCGUAAUGGCAAAAGUUGGUGUUGUGUUGGGUUCUGAGUUGGAUCCAAAGGUGCCUUUCUACAUGCAGAGCUUCGCUAUCACUUAUGGAGGGACUCUGGUACAACCUGAAGCUCUGCAUGCAUUGUCAUAGUGAAAGUCAAUCCCCCCAAACAUUCUGUUUGUCCAAGAGCUUUUGCUGCCUCUCGUAUGAACAGAAAUGUGAAAAAUGUUAUAGAACCUACCAGCCAUAGCACUGCAUGAGCCUUCUGUUGUUAUUUUUUUUUAACCAAUAGCUGUGAAGAAACAGUAAGCAGGUGUUAGCAGAAUUGCACUAGUGCUUGUUAUCCCUCUGGUCGCUGUUCUUCGGAUCCAUCUCUGAAAGAUGAGAAUAUUUUGCACAUAACAUCUCUGUGUUAAAGGUGUUUCUUUUCCUUUGGCCUUUACAGCCCUGAGGGUUGGAAUGGUAUUUUGACAGUCUCUUGUUACCAGGGCCAACAACCCAGAGUUUAUAGCAUUCUGGGGGACCUGUCAGCCUGUUGAAUCAUGUUGAUGCCUGGUGAAUACUCAAAUGACAGAGAUCAACAUUUACAGAUUGUGAUUUCAAGGUCAAUGUUUAAAAGAAGCUAGAAGCAUGGCAAAGCAAGAAGCCAUCACCCCUGAGAUAACGGACUCUCACUUAAAUAUGUGUUAUUUAUUUUAACAACCUGUUUCAGUACUGGUUAGGAAAUUGGACAGUCUACCCAGUUUUCUUUUGUCAUUUUCAUGCAUUUGGUUUUGUGUAAAUUCCUGGAAGCUGGAAUCCAACAAAUUCUGGAGGACAGGAGGUUCCCUAGCCAUAUUAUAGAUGUAACACUUGAGAUGUCGCUAGAUUCUCACAUUAGUUUCCUUUAUUAUGUCCAAACAGAAAAAAAAAGUUGAAGACCAACUUUUAUGUGGAGUUUUGCUUAUUAUUAUGGAAAGCUUUAUAAAUUUAUAUUUUUGUAAUAAAAAUGCAACAUAAAAUGAAUAUAAAAAUAUUGCUCCUUUGGAAGCAGGAGCAGGUUGCUAAGAUGAUGCUGUCAGUACAUAUUGCCACAUGGUGAAAUGGUUCUCAUGUUAGAUAUAUAAUGCAUCUCUAAUGAGGCUGUUUUGCCCCUCUUCUGCUACAAUGAAGUAGAAAAUGAGAAAUAAAAAUGAUACUUUAAAUGCAA